GCUGGAAUCAAGCAACCGACCUCACGUCUAUAAAUAGGACCCUCCUCAUCACAUCGAGCACUCUGCUACAUGUUUCAUUGAGCAGACAAUCCUCGCGCCCUCCCUAGGUCCUAGGUCAACAGUAAGAUGCCAAGCUCUAAGUUGAAAUGCCAUGUGUGUCACUAUUCAUCAUUGGUGCUUCCCUACCACUAACCAGCAGCUCUCUUCCUCAUCGAACCCAGAUCCCCUAGCUAAUGUGCAAGAAAUUUACUCACUGAUGGCGGGAACUGGCACAUAUCUAUAUAGCCCUCAGCAUUAUUCCCAACUACAGACACCGCAUGAUCUGAAAACAAAUGCAGGACUCUGUGUUGGUACGGAAUUCACGAAUUCUAUAUCUCGGCCAGCCCAUCCCUUGCCCGAUGGAGAUCAAGAAAAGAAGGUGGAGGAAGAUAUUUUUCGAAGGGACAAAGUGCAGCAGUUUAUGGAACUCAGUGUCAGAUGGGACCAGUUUAUGGAUAGUAUCCCUGAGGAGCAAAGGAGCAUUCUCUUUCGAGAUGUAAAGAAAUACUUCACCGCCUAAGCCAGGAUUCUGGAUAUACCAUAGUACAGCCGAAUGAAUGCCAAGGAUGGGGUCAGUGUUAGAGUGGUG